GAAGCCGCCGCCGUUCGGCGUCUGUCCGUGUGCGUGUGACCGUCCGAGCCGUGGAACAGUGUGGAAGUGUCACCGGUGGACGUGCGCGUUCAUGAACAGAUGUGGACCCACUGGUAGGAGCUGUAGAGUCAAGGUCACGGAGAGGUCAGAGGAUCCGUGGUCAGCAUUGAGUCGAUGACCCGCCUCCAAAACACCAACAUGAUCUGAGAACGCCAUCGCACUCCAAACCCUGCUUUUCCUUUCAUCCUCCUUUUUUGUUCUUUUCUUUUUAAAUCUACUGACGGAUUUCCAGCCAUUUCAAACCCAUUGAGCAGCGAUAGAGAAGAGAAACCACCAAAGAUCAGAGUUUUGAGGAGGAAGCAUCACAGAAACGUCCCUGUUGUCCUCCCACCACAGCAGCUGGACCAUGGGGAGGAAGAAGAUCCAGAUCCAGAGGAUCACAGAUGAACGCAACAGACAGGUGACGUUCACCAAAAGGAAGUUCGGUCUGAUGAAGAAGGCGUACGAGCUGAGCGUCCUGUGCGACUGCGAGAUCGCCCUCAUCAUCUUCAACCACUCCAACAAACUGUUCCAGUACGCCAGCACCGACAUGGACAAGGUCCUGCUCAAAUACACCGAGUACAACGAACCCCACGAGAGCCGGACCAACGCUGACAUCAUCGAGACAUUACGAAAGAAAGGCUUUAAUGGCUGCAACAGCCCCGAGGCCGACGGGGAUGAUUCCAUCGACCAAAGCCCUUUAAACGAUGACAAGUAUCGCAAAUCUGAGGAUCUGGAACAGCUCUUCAAACGCUACGGCGCUCUGAACAAGAAAGAGCAUCGGGACUCAGAGAGCCCAGACCCUGAGGAGCCCUUCUCUCUCACCCCCCGCACUGAGGAGAAAUACAAAAAAAUUGACGAGGAGUUUGAUAAAAUGAUGCAGAGCUAUAGGCUGUCACAGGCCACAGUCCCACAGCCCAGCACCUUCUCCAUGCCAGUCACAGUGCCAGUGUCCAAUCAGAACGCAGCUGCAGCAGCCCUCCAGUUCAGUAACACCGCCCUGGUGGCCUCCACCCUCACAGACCCACGCCUCCUGUCGCCACAGCAACCAGCUGUGCAGAGGAACAGUGUGUCGCCAGGGUUACCACAGCGACCAGCCAGUGCAGGUGCCCUAUUAGGAGAUCUAGGAAGUUCAAAUGGAUCCAGCCCCAGUCCAGUCCCUAAUGGCUACAUCAGUGCCAGGGCCUCCCCAGGCCUCCUGUCUGUCUCCAACGGCAACAGCAUGGGGAAAGUAGUCCCAGCUAAGUCUCCGCCUCCUCCCAGCCCUCAGAUGGUCAACAGCCGUAAACCAGACCUGAGGGUCAUCACCUCACAGAGCAAGAGCCUCCUGCAGCUGACGGAGGAAGAGCUGGAGUUGAACGCCCAGCGGCUCGGUGGCUCCCAGGUGGCACCGUCACUCACCACACCAGUGGUCUCCGUGGCAACGCCCAGUCUUUUAGCGCCCUUCUCCGGAAUGCAGACGGCCUACAACACUGAGUACCAGCUGACCAGUGCAGAUCUCACAGCACUCCAGACGUUCACACCACCGGGGCUGGUGCCUGGUAACAUGGCUGCCUGGCAACAGCAACCGGCCAUCCCCCAACAACAGCAACAACAACAACAGCAGCAGCCGCAGCAGCAGCAGCUGAGCCUGGCAUCCAUCAGUAACUUAGUCAUGUGGGGUGCAGACAAACCCAAUGCAGACGUGGUUAACUCUAUCUCCAAUCUCGCUGCUAACUGGAGGUGAAUAACAUGACGGCAUCUAGUGUUUCUCAGCUUGGUCGUGUUUUUGAUCAUAUUUAAAGUUAUGCACCGUUGGCUGGUUCUAGACUAGAGCUGA